UUAAGAUCUGAGAGAAAUCCGCGCAUUUCCCCCUCGUCGAGAGCUCUUCCAUUAGUUCACGAAGUCGGAGUGCAUUCACACAACCUGCAUGAAUCUCACAAGGAUUAACAUCUCAGCUUCCCACAGCAUUUUAUCUCUCUAUUACCUCGUUCGCUAGAGUUUUGCGGGCCUGCGCCCAUUCCUCCCGCAGGAAGUCCAUUGGAUCGUUCCCAUGCUCACCCAGCCGAUGGAAGAUCUGAGCAAGAAGAUUGCGAGCGAAGAUUCCAACUCACGUCGCAUCAAGAUAGAUUUGCUUUGCGGGACUCGCACGUCGAGUACCGGAAGCCCUCAACCAUAUUCCCCUUUGGUUCCCAAGCAAUGGACGGUUUUCGCUGAGAAGGGCGACAAAGAAUCGAAUGUUCCGGUGAAGCAGCCGAAGUUUGACAGCAGCGCAAGGGAUUCUUGUCCCAGCGGAGACACAAAGGAGGACUCAUACUUCCUCGUGAACCUGUUUGUAGCUGCCUUAGGCGAUGGAAAAGUUCUCACAGAAGGAGCAAGGAAGAAACAAGACCUUCUCGAGCAGGUGGUAAGAAACGUCUCCAAAGAGCAGAAUACGGUGGUCCAUGUGAGCUCCGAAGCAAGCACCAUGCAUAUCAAGCUGCGUGUCUUUGUUGAGAACAGCAUUGAAGCAAAGGCAGUCACGGAGUACAUUGCUUCCCAUCCCAGCCAGACACCUGCUCCAUUCGUCAUUUUGUCCAAAAAGAUCCACAUGGCUGUCAAGUACAAUAGCAAAGAAUUGGAUAUUUCUUGUGCAAGCGUUGCAGACAGGUUGAGGAAGCAAGCAAAGACACGAGCUGUCAAAAUGUUGAAGGAGGCAAUCGCUGAUCCUUCUUGUGGAGCAACUUUUCGUGCCCUUCGCGGUUAUUCAGGGCCAAGUACACCAAGCUUGUCGUUCGACAAGUACAUUCAGAGUCGAACGUCCCUUCUGGGAACAGAAGGAAGCAAGAGAUAUAUCAUUUUCUCAGCAAAGAACAAAUGCGGCAUCGAAAACAAGCUGCCUUCCAAUAUUUCGCCGCCCAAGAAACAACCAUCAACCAACGAUUCUAUGCUGUCUGCGUUUUUCCCUGUAAAUCUAUUUGUCACAGCAAUAGGAGACGGAGUGCUUGCCAAGGACAUAACAGCCAAAGCACGUGAAAGGUUAGAGACGGUGUUGAGCAAGAUCCCCAAGGAGCAGCACACGUGCGUUGAAAUCCAGGGAGAGGGCAUCACAGACAUUAAGAUGCGAGUCUUCGUAGCCAACAGCGAGGACGCGAAGGCAGUCAAUGACUACAUCCAAAGUCACGAGAAGCAGGUCCCUGCUCCCUUCGUUGUGCUUGCUCGGGAUAUUCCCAUGGCUCUUCUCUACGAUCCCACCAAGCUCGACCUAGCGGAUUCCAGCGUGGCCGAUCGCUUGAGGAAGCAGGCGAAGACGCGAGCCGUGAAGAUGAUGCGUGAGAUCAUCGCUGACGAGGGUCGAGGCUUGAAUAUACGCAGCAUCCGUGGUCACCAGGGUCCCUACGAUCCUGCAAGCAUCUUGGACCAGCUGGUCAAGAACAAGGCGACACCUCUCAGGGGCCAUGGCACGUCCAAGAGGUACAUCACCUUCUCAGCUCGCAACAAGACGUUCGCCCCGCUGGCUCCCAUCGCCAAGUGCUCGCUUCCCCAGCUGUAUUCUUGGCCGGGCAGCCUCCUCCCCGCACAGAUCCGAGGGCUCUCGCAAGCUUCAGGAUCGGCCGCCAUGGGCUCUAAGAAAAUCAAGGAGGAAGAUGACGUGGCGGCUGCCCAGCUGCUGACGCAUGUAGCGAUGGCUUACGCGUGUAUGGAUGUCAAGGAUGAGAAGUUAGCCGGGAUUGUUCCCCGUGCCCCGUUGAAGCGGGGCCUCGAGGGAGAUUGUGAAGUGUGGGGCAAGUACAAGAUGUCUCGCAACUGUUAACAAUGUGUGUGUAUUGUGUUCGAUACUUGUCAAGAUUUUUCAACGAAAUUUAAGAGAAAUGAAUAAUUCACCGCGUUA